GCGCUACUACCAGUGAUGGUGUGGAUUCAUGGCGGUGGUUUCUGUACCGGAACCGGUUCUUCGGUGCUUUACGAGCCGCCCUACCUCGUGCAACAGGGCGCAGUGAUCGUGAGCAUCAACUACCGGUUGGGUGCGUUGGGUUUUCUCUCGUUACCAACGGCCGGUAUUCCGGGCAACAUGGGUCUCAAGGAUCAACGGAUGAGUUUCCGGUGGGUGCGCGAAAACAUCGCCCGGUUCGGUGGCGAUCCCAACAAUGUAACCAUCUUUGGUGAGAGUGCCGGUGGUGCUUCGGUGCAGCUGCACUAUUUGAGCGAAGAUUCGAGGCCGUACUUCCAGAAAGCGAUCGCGCAAAGUGGAACCGCUUUCAACGAAUGGGUGUGGCAACGCGAGCCUGUCGAACGAACUCGCAAGCUUGCACAGUUGCUCGGUUGUAAGGGUGAUUCGGAUGAGGAUGUUCUUGCUACGCUUAUGAACGCUCCCGCUGAAAAAAUGGCCGCCUUGCAGAACCAGGUGUUGAGCGAGCGAGAACAAACGCUACUGCUACGUUUUCCGUUUACACCCGUCAUUGAGAAGGCCGGUAGCGAGGAUGCUAUCAUCACGGAACAUCCUUCCCAAGCCACCGAAAAAAAGUUCCGAGAGGAAAUUCCGAUCGUACUAGGAAGCACCAAUGAAGAGGGUUUGUUACUGUGGCCGAUGAUCCCCGAAAAGCUACCGUUUUAUUCGAGCGACCCAUCGCGGUUCAUUCCUGGCACGCUGACCAUUCAAGGUGACGAGAACGCACGGUAUGCUAGCGACGAAAUUGCGCGAUUUUUCUUCCAAAAUCAGCCCGUUUCGUUAGAUACCAUAGGCAGCAUCGCUACAGUGUUGGGCGAUAAUCUCAACAUGCUCGCAGGAUACGUUGCCGCGGAACUGCACGCCCGAUACCAAAGCGCUCCGAUGUAUAUGUACGUGUUUUCCUUUGUCGGCGAGUUGAACAAGUAUCGCCAGGAAAUGCAAGUCCCGCCAGAACAUCCCGGAGCGGCCCAUGGUGACGAUUUGUAUUAUCUGUUCAGCUCAACCGCCUACAAAACGGAAGUAGCUGACGAUGAAUCUACUGCGGGCAAGUUUCGGGCGUAUUUGUGCAACCUAUGGGUUAACUUUGCACGCACCGGAAAUCCAAACCCCCAGGGUACUGCCGAUUGGACACCGAUAGAGCGUUCAACUCAAGACGCCGAUCAGUACUUCCCAUCGGUCAUGAAUCUGGAGCACGUGGACAGCAACAAAAUGACGACGGAGUUGUUCUAUGAACGUUUUCAGUUUUGGAAAAAUCUCUACCACAAAUUCAACGGAUCGCAUCUGCUGCCACAGAUAGAAUAAGUGGACGACUCGGAUUGGAUUUCGGCAUAAUGGAAACACAGGGACAUUUUUCAUAUUAAAAUAUAUAUAAAAGAUAUAUUCCCGCCCCC